AUGGCCGCGAAUAAAAUGCAAGGCGCCCUUGUAUUUUACAAUAAGGGAGAGCGACGCGGAGGUGUCGCCGGACUCCGGGAUAACCUCGGUCACGCUCCCCCGGUGGGAAGCUCGCUUCCCUUUCGCUGCGUCACCGGCGCUGCCGGCCGCAAGGACUCCCGUUGCUCCUCCUCCCUCCUCCUUUACGACACCCGCUCCCCCCACCGCCACCGUGCAGCUGAGGAAGAGAACGCGCGCGCGCGCGCGCGAGCGAGCGGCGUAGCCGGAAAGCGCCGCUGCGAGCCUGCUCAGGCAAGUCCCCCGCCCCACCCCUCACCGGAACCGGAUCGAAUCUUCAGGGCGUCCGGGGGAGCGGCUGCCUCUCUCGACUGCUCCUCUCUCUUCCUCCCUCCACGUUCGAGCUGCUUUACGCGCAGGAGGCGGGAGAGCGACCGAGCGGUGAGUCUUACGUGUGUGUGUGUGUGUGAGAGAGAGAGAGAGAGAGAGAGAGAGAGAACACGGACGCGGGACGGGACGCGUCUUGAGGGCUUUUCUCUGUCUGUCUGUCUGUCUGUCUCUUCUCCCCUCGGUGGGCUCGAACUACGGCUGCUGCUGCUGCUCCCUGCCGGCCGACAAGUAAACAAAUGGCGGCUGGCAGGGAGGUGGGUCGGUGCGUGGUGUGGAGCUGCGGGGUCCCCCUCUGGCUCCUGCCCGAGCAGGACGGGCCCGGCCUGGUCUGGGGCGGUCAACCCACCUUCUUGCAGGGCUGUGAAGCGGGGUGGGAGUGAUGGUGGUCGUCGGGGGCCGGAGGGGGGUGGCAAUGACUGGCUGACAGCUGGCGCGGUCCUUUAUGAGGAGGCCCCGGGAGGUGCUUUCCUUGGGGCAGUGGCGCUGCUGCUUUUGGCCUCCCCCGUUGUGUUUAAAGACGGGUCUCAAAGGAGGGUAGGGGUGGGUGCCAGGGAGGGAGGGGGAAGAGACGCCUGUGGCGCUGGCUCCUUCCCUUCUCUUCGCUGCCCGCCCCUCCUCUUCUCUCUUUCCCCUUCGGUGUAGAUGGAAACAAUGGACAGAGGGGAAUGGACCGCCUCCUCCUUGAGCCGAUUACUUAGCAUGGCUACGGCAGUAAUAUGCGGAGCUGCUCAACCACACACACAACACACACGCAGACGCCCAGCUCCCAGUGGUCAGAAAAGCCCUAUUGUGAGUUGGUGCGGCUGCUGCAGGGCAUCGUCCCCGCCUCAAGGGAAGGUGUUACACAAAUUAGUACAGAGAAGCGUGUUCGAUUCACCGGCGGGGAUUUCCCUGGGUUCCUAUAUGGGUGUGUGUUAAAAAUAAAUGGUUAAAUGCAAGGGCAGUUCUGCCCUAGAUGACUUGGCUCCAUUGAGGGUUGUCCUGUGGUUAAGCCUGAGCCUUAAAAGGAGACGGCAUCGUUCCCUAUGUUAAACAUGUGGGAGGGAAGGAGUAUGGCUCUGCCUGUCACUUGUUAUAAGGAAGAAUACAACACAAUGGAAAGUGGUAUUGAUUCUUGGAAUAGCUUCUUCUUGAAGGAUCUUUGCCUACAUAUCUAAUAUGGAAGAGUCUGUAAUAAUCAAUCGCCUAUUGAAAAUGAAUGGAUGGGUAUAAUGUUUUGUAAACGUUUGUAAGCUGAAAGCAGAAUGCAGUAAAAGCUACAGUUUGGGAAAGGAGACAUUGUAGUAAUUGUGAAAUAAGAGAACUUUGUCAGAUUUUUGAAAAGACAUCAAACAGUGACCAUAGGGACUAUUGUUCAGAGAGGAAUAUGAACACUACUUUAGUUCUCUCAAAGAAUUUCCCUGUCACAUUUUGUUGGCAUCUACUGUAACAGUACAGUUUGUUGAUUUUGUGCUACGUAGUAAAAAAAAAAAAAUUGAUAGUGAAAGAAUAUAGUUGGGACUUGAGUUAUGCUGUAGUAUAUGGCUUAAGCCUGAACUUUAAAAGAGUGGUGGGGGAUAAUCCUGUAAUAAAACAUUAUCAAAUGUGAAAUUCUUUAAGCGACAUGGUUUGUAUAUGUAUCUGAUAAUUCUUAUUUUAUCUGAAAUAAGUUGUUACAAUUGUAAGCAGCUCUUUGAAAAUAAGUCUUAGAGUCAUUCAAUAUUUGAGGUUAGGCACUGAACUUCUGUAUUCACAAACUUUAACCUUUUCCUUCACCUUUUCUCUACAUUAUUUUAGGUGCAAUCAAGGGGUGCAGAUGUGGUGACUGGGUGGAUAACAUAAUAUGUAUGUGCUUAAGCAAGCUUUGAGGCGGCUUCCUAUUUUUACAUACUACUUUAAUGUCUCUUAAAUAUGCAGUACUUCCAGAGUUUUCAGAAAUUACAUAGCUUUGGAAACCAUAUGGAGAAACUAUUGCCCAGCUGUAGUACAUUAAGCCAUUAGAUCUGUGAAGCUGUUUCUGAAAACACUUCAGUCCCAACCACAUUUUUCGAGAUUAAGCCCAUUUGAUUUUAAAGGAAUUUACUAUAUUAAAUAGCAAUUCAUGGGCAGUAACACCUCAGGGUGGGGGUUCUCUCCACAUUAUGUCAUACAUCAGAUUAUAUUCCCAGUCUAGAAACUGUAACACACAGCUGCAGGCUAUAGACAUGCUGCUCUAUGCAACGAGCUUUGUGUUGAGCAGAGCUUGGGUGCUGACAGCUCUUGCUGAGAAAGAGAAGACUAUUGGUGUCUGGAAUCUGUUUCCAUCAGACCUAACCACACUGACCAUCUGUUCAAAGCUGCAUGUGUUUCUCCAAUCCAGCAAGUAGCAGCAAACUUUACAGCUAUUGAAGCUGGACGCAGAUUUUUCUCUGUGCAUCAUCUUUUCAUCUGUCCCCUAGGCCCCAAUUUAGAACUCUAUUUCUCUAGGUGCAGAUGUUAGAACAGGGCAUAGCAGCAAAAGCAACCCAGCAUAUCUAGUAAACCAGUACAGUAUCUUGCUUUUAAAUUAAAUCCAAAGUUUGAAAGUAUCAAUUGAGCUACAGAUAUUUAAAAUUAAAAUAAAUAGGUACAAAACACACUCGGUGUCCAGAACCAUGAUGAAGGAAUGUAGGCAGUAUUUGCAUAAUUGUGAAAUAUUGAAAACACAUUGCCAGGUGUUUUAGCUACUAGCAUUUUGAGAGAACUAACCACUUUUAUUAUAUUUUAAUCUAAAUUUCAUAAGCACCCUUAAUUUUUAUCAAGUGAAAACUAACAAUACUAUUAGCAUAAGCUGUAAAUGUAUGGAACAGCGUAGAAUAUAUAGAUAUACCUGAAGGAACGUCUCCAUCUCCAUUGUUCUGCCCAGAAACUCGGGUCCAGCACUGAGGGCCUUCUGGCAGUUCCUUUACUGCAAGAAGCGAAGUUACAGGGAACCAGACAGAGAGCCUUCUUGGUAGUGGCACCCGACCUGUGGAACGCCCUGUCAUCAGAUGUCAAAGAAAUAAGCAACUGUCUGACUUUUAGAAGACAUCUGAAGACAGCCCUGUUUAGGGAAGCUUUUAAUAUCUGAUGAAUUAUUGUAUUUUAAUAUUUUGUUGGAAGCCGCCCAGAGUGGCUGGGGAAACAGCCAGAUGGGCAGGUUAUAAAUAAAUUAUUAUUAUUAUUAUUAAUCUUAAAAAGAAGGCAUUAAUAAAUGGGUGGCUAUACACCGCAAGAUGCAUGAAAUAGCCUUUACUACAGGGAUGGGGAACAUGUUGGGGGGUUGAGAGCUUCAGUGGGAGACCUGUUGGAGUUGCAUUUGGGCAGGAGCACAGCCAAAACCAAAAGGAGGUGGGAUCUGAAUAUUCAGUUAAAUAAAUUGUUUCAGAAACCCCUACCCUUGAAUAUUAAAACUAAGAUUAGAGAAUUAAUGUUAACACAGGCAUAAGUCUGAUAGUGCUCCCUGAUAUCCUUAUUUUGAUAUUUGCUUUCUUUUGUUUGUAACUAUAUCCACACUACUUCCUUAAUGGUUUUAUUACUGCCAUUUGCCACUUCCCUUUGUUUGUAUUUUUAUUCCUUUUAUUUGGCAUGUCACACUUCCAUGUUUGUGUCCAUUCAUUCCCUCCCUACAUUUUAAAAUUACUUUUGUUUUCUUGAGCUGUUUCCUUUCGUUAAUUAUGAGGUGGGAAGGGGUUUAUUUCCCCCCUCUCCUUUGCAAAACAGACAUGUCCACUAUCUGAUGCUCUUAAUUCGAGAGCAACAGCAGGCAACCAUAAAGUACACAAGACAGACUGCACAGUAGACUUUCAACCAGAUGUGCUUAUGGUCAGAAGGAAACACAAUAGCAAGGGGCUAUAGGAUCGGCACUGAGUUCGGUGCUGCAGUGCAGAAGAUGAAAAUAAAGUUAUGGGUGACCGAAAAGGCAAAAAUAAGGUUAUAAUGCACUGGUGGGGUAAAUUUAGCAGUGGAGGUAGAGGGCAACCAGUUGAAUGCAGAUUUCUUUCCUAUGUAUAGUUACAGCUAUCCUGGGUUUUAUUUUGUACAUUUAUUUGGUGGUCCAGGCUCAAUCUUGCAAACUCUGGCUGUUUCUAAAAAUGUUAUUUUGAGAAAAAUGAACCUCUUCCUUUUCUAAAUUUAUGUUAAUUUCUAGACGUAAUGUUUGACAAAUUGUGUAUAAAAUACUAUGUCCUCAGUGUUGUGUAUAAAACAAUAUGUCCUCAGUGUCUCAGAUUCCAAGCUACAUACGUGGCUUCUUUAGGGCAAGUGCAACUACAGAAAUUAACAAUUGGCAGACUGUAGUGUAAUGUGUGUGGUAGAUUUCUCACCCAAUCCUAAAGCUGAAUGUUUCUUUUAAAGAUUACCUUUGUAUAAACACAGUACUGUGCAAAGCUAUAAUCCUUAAAUUCAAAUAGAGAUGAAACGUCAAUUUAGUUGUAGCAUUUAACAGAGAAGGAAAAAUUUCAUCUAUAGGUCAGGUAUUUUCAGUGUUGAUGUUUUAGAAUAAUGUCAUGGAUCAUUGACAAUUUGUACUAAUUACAGAAGUGACUAUUCUUAAGAGUCCAGAGUUUCACAGAAACCUGGCCAGAUCCUAAGGAAGACCUCUUUCCCAGUGCAGUGAACUGGAUGAUAGUCUUGGACAUUUGCAGUCUGUGCUCCUCUGAUGUUUGCCUCAUCUUGCUUCAUGCUUCAUCAUGACUCCUGUGUUCCAGUUCCUGUUCAGAGAUGCUUAUAAUUAUGGCACAUGACUAGUAAGAAAAUCUAGGCCAUGUGGUGUAAUUGGGAGAGGAGAAGGCUGAAAAUUUCUGGAGCAAACUGCAAAGCCUAUGGUGCCUGAAACCAAAUGAGGGCUUGGGUAUUUGGCUGGAGAGCAAAGGGCCCUCAGGCUACAAUCAUAACAUUCUAUGGAUGCAGUUUAAAAACCUGGAACUUACACACAGCUAUUCUUGACUUCAUGGGCUUUUUUGACAUUUAAGUGAUCAAUUGUUUUCCCCCAACUCUAGAACAGUUGUUGGACUCUUGAAGAGAACCCUCUCCCAUAAAUGUUUCAUACGCUACUUCUGCACAGCCUGCUAUAUGUGAGGAGAAAUGUGCAGAAAUGUAUUACACAUUAAAUUUGACUCUUUGCUUUGGUUCCUAUGCUAAUUUAACCAGGUAGUGCUUAUGUGUCUGAUCUAAGUUCUUUUUCCUGCUAUGUUUGUGUAACAGCCUACUAUACCAAGUACUUAGGAAAAUAAAGCAUGUGAUAAUGAAAGCGGAUCUGUCAGAAAGAUACUUUUUAUCUUUUUAAAAAAGAUAUUUUUAAAACAAUUAUGUUUACUGAGACAUUAAGAAAAUUAGUUAUUCUGAACUGCCAUCUCAAAGUUAAACAUUUGUAAUGAAAUGAUUGUAAUCUAGUAAUAAACUUAAAAUUCUAAUUGAAAAUAGUGAAAUAAACAGAAUCCUACAUCGCCUAAAAAGCAAAGACAGAAAAAUAAAAUUAGAUAUUUUAUCCCAUGCUUUGCUUGACUUGUGUGUAGUAUAUGUAUGUGCAAUAAUAAGGAAUUUAUUGCCUACUUUUGAAUGUGCUAAAUAUUGUAAAAUAAUUGAAAGUCUAUUGCAGAAAUAUUUCCAUUGUACAUGAAUUUAUAGGCUACGGUAACAGUAACAAACAAUAUGCUAUGAUUUUCUUCCUGCCACUUUAUUGGCCAGACACUGAAAUUAAUUACAGUUUCUGGAGGCAAGAUAGAGGGUUUGUAGUAUCAGCUGUACCAAUAGUCUUAAGGUAUGUAAAUUUAGAAGGCCAGACAUGCUAAAAAGAUAUUUGAAAUGGGAAAGCAGAGCUCACAUUGGGAUAGGGGAUUGAGAUGUUCACAGCAGUGAUCCCAGCUCAGACUUUAAAACUGAACAUUAGGAAGAGGAAAGGAAGAGGAUGAUGAAAGGUGCUCAUGUGGAGCUCUCAGUGUGAUGUAAUUUUGAUCUGAUUUCUGAAAAUGGACAGAAAUAAUUUAGAACUUUUAUGCAAUAUUUUUGAGCAAUUGAUUUUACAAACUAAUCUGAAAUACUACUUACUGUUAGGAGGCUACAGCACAUUAGUUUUGCAAUCCUGAAUUUACACCUGUUUAUGAACUAUGAUUUGUGAGGGGCUGCUAAACUCAUAUCAGACCAUACAUUGAACUGAUGCAAGUUUCCACAGUACAGCUUGGGCUCACUGUGAUUUGCUGUUACAUCUGAAUUCAGAACCACACUUCCAUGGUUCUGUCUCAAGAGGCUUGCCUCAUGGAGGUGGGAGUAAAUUUAUGAACUUGUGAAGUUGAGUUCUAAGCAGAUGAAAAACACAAGAAGACAAGCAGCUCUAAAGCACAGCUUACUUGUUCUGAAAGUGCAAACCAUGGUGUAGGGUACAUUCUGAGUUGCACCUAACACAAACCAGAAUGUUUGAUGUCUCAGUUAACCAAUUAGUAAGAGAUUACCAUAUCACCGACUUUUAAACAGUUAUCUUAGUGUACUUUAUUAAAUGUAUGAAACGGUUGAAAAAUACACACUGACAUGUUAAAAUUCCAGUGUUCAAAGUUUAAAGUGUAGCUAUAGUAACUGGAUACACAAGAAGCAGAGAAGGAGUUGAAUUACACUUUGAAUACCAAGAGCUUUCUAUUUCAAGUCAUUAUUAUGCUCUUAGUUGUUCAUACAAACAUUGGUCAUCGGGUUGUUUGCUACAGCUGGAAUUUUAGUUUUGGCAGCAGACGUUCCAAACACACUUUGAGAGCUCUAGUCAGCUGAUUGUAGUAUGUACAAUAACAUCAGGUGAUCUGUACCUUCUGAGAGCAGUGUACAUCUCACCAGAACUGUGUGUAUUUUUAGGUUUCUUGGUUGGUAACAGGCAAGCACGCAUACUUCAACAUCUCAGAUGAACUGAACCCAGUUGCUGACAUUGCCUAAUCAGAAAUGAGCAGCUGUUCUGCCUAGGUUUGUUCAUUAGUAAGAGACCAGUAUAUCAGAAGCUGUUAUCUUACCGUACUGAUUGGUCAAUAAGAGUGGGUUUUGGUGAGCAAGUGUCUAGGAGCAGGUUGAAAUAUGUUCCCCAUGUUUUUUUCACCAGAAUUGCAGUUCAACCACCUUGCUCUUCCAAGUGAAUGUAGUGUAGUUAGUUCUAUGAAAAAUAAUACUUUGAAUUGUCAGAAUUUUAAAAGGUACGGUGUUGGCACUUGCAGGUUUUGCAGGCUUUUCCCCUAAGAUACCAGUGCUGGCACCCAACAAAGAGGGAUUGGGAGGGGAAUUCUUGGAAAAUAAUGCACAGGCAUUGUGUGCAUGCUUGCUUUAAAAAGAACUGAAAACCUUGUAACACUUCGACCACAGCAUCAAAUAAAACAAUCCAAAAUAAAACAUCACAGGAGUAUACAAAUAUAAAGUAUACAUUCAAAGGAACAUAAUUAACAGGAAACUAAAAUAUUCUCUUAAACAUUUAAAAAGAAAACAUUACUAAAGGAAGUCAAAUAUAAAAUGCACAAUUAGCAUAAGAAUAAAAUAUUAUCAUAAGCCUAGAAGAUAUCUGCUGCUGUUGCUGCCAAUCCUGGUUCAUGGUGAGCAGCUACUGGAAGCUGAGGCUUGAUGACCUAGGUCUGCACUAAGAGGUAGCCAAGAUGGUCUCUGGCCUCUUAAGCAGCCUCAGCUUUCGUAGCUAGAGUCCAUCAGGGCCCCACCAGGUGGAAAAAGGCAUGGAACAUGUCUUGCAGGACACUCAGCCAAAAGUCCUGCAAUCUCUGCUCCUGAACCAGCAUACAAAAUUAUUUUUAUUGGUAGAUCUGAGCUAAGGGCAUUGGUUAACCUUUUCCCUGUCCAUCACCACAUAAAUUUCUCUCUUCUACAUCAAUAUGUUGUUUCCUUUCCUUCUUGUUCCAGUGUGCUUUCUUUGUGUUCUUACUUCUUGAUCACUUCUGUUUCUCUCUCUAUAUAACCCUUCCCGUUUCACUAUUAAUGCAGUGACCUGUAACAGCUUCUACUUGCUAUUCUUUGAAAGUACUUUCUGACUUCUAGGAAUUGGAAUAAUAUUUGUCCAACCUUGUUGUCAAGGCUGCCUCAAGUCUUAGCUCACAAAAGACCAACGCCUACGUCUUCUUGUAUACAAAGGUGUUUAUUGCAGUUCAUGGUUUGCUUGACAUCCUAGGCGCGCAGCCUUACGUCUCUUACGCUAGACCGCCGAAGUCCCCUCUGAGUCAGUCCCUCCUCUGCACCAAUUUAAGAGACUUGCGCUGCUCCACCUCUUUCUCUCCUUCCUUUUCCGCAGGGUCCUUCUGCCCCCUGGGGUUGCGCCCCUUCUGGAUUCCUCUGACGCUGAAUCCCCAGACUGCUCUUCCCCCCCUCCUGCGGGCUUUGGGACCUGGCCCCUCCUCCGGGCUCCCUGCACUUCCGCGCGCCUCUACAUUUGAACUAGGCGCGCGCGCCAAACCUCUAACUCUCCUUUGACAGUUACACUACUCCCUUCACUGCUCCCUCCUUCCCGGGAGGGCGGCUUGCUCUGACCCCCUCCUUUCUCUGCUGCUGGAGCUGCUUCCUCUGACACACUGGAAACUCCACCCCUUCGCUGCACUUUGGUGGGGAGGCUGGUCCUGACGCCCAGCUGCCACUUUGGGAUCCUCCGCUGGCACCCUGCUCCUGACACUUCCCCCUGGGGCUCCCUGGCCCUGACCACCGGCGCCCUUCUGGGAAUCCUCUGAUUCGCUGGAAAGACUCAUGGAAUCCCUUGAGUCAUUGUCAUCCUCUUCCUCGCUGGCUUGGAAUUCCUCCCCCUCGCUCUCCAUCUCCUGCCUACCCUGUGCCUCUCUCUCUGAACCCCUGACACUUGUAAAUUAUUUUAAAUGCACGCUUUUCAGAGGUGGAGUUUUAAAAACAAUUUUUAAAUUAUGCAUAUAAUUCAUUUUGAGAUAGAAUCAUAGAAUCAUAGAGUUGGAAGAGACCACAAGGGCCAUUGAGUCCAACCCCCUGCCAAGCAGGAAACACCAUCAGAGCACUCCUGACAUAUGGUUGUCAAGUCUCUGCUUAAAGACCUCCAAAGAAGGAAUAGAAUGUUGAUAAAUAAUAAAAUAUUGGUAUAAAAAAGAAAAUUCUACAGGUCACAGUUUAUGGACAGAGUUCAAAUAUGAUGUUUGAGUAGCAUUUAUGGGAUUUACUGUCACAUGCACUGAACUGAAACACGAGAUCAUCACAUCUGACUGUGGAAACUGGUUUAGUACCUGGAUUACCAGGAAUUAAAAUAUUACAACUAUGAAAAGAACGGCAUGGUACUGCAUUGUGAAAUACCAACAAAGCACUGCAUUCUAUUAUCAGCUGUCUGGUGUUCUAUAAUAACUUACCUGGAUGCUAAGUAUAUUUACUUUCACAUAUAUUUCUUUAUUUGAAUAGCACUUACUUCCAUGGAAAUGUGCUUUGAAUUGCAAUAUUGAAAAUCAUAACAACAGUUUAUAUGCCCACAUAUUUUGUAAAACCCCAGUGACUUAUUUGUUAAGGGAGUAGUGGAGUUUAGAACAGAAAAGUGUAAGAGUGUGUGUGUGUGUGUGUGUGUGUGUGUGUGUGUGUGUACAUGCUUAUUCCAUUCUGUGCUUACUGCUUCUGAAGCAGCUUCACAAAACACAGCUAAGGUGCAUUGGUAUAUAACAGGCUGUUUCCACAGUUGAUUACAAUGUCCACACAUGGACAACAUCUACUUCUCUGCUAGUCUAGCAAAAAACUUGCCUUGUGAAAGAAUGUUAAUAAUUUUUAAAGUUUACAUUGGUGUUAAGAAGAUGUGUGUGUGUGUGUGUGUGUGUGUGUGUGUUUUCUAAUCAAGUCAGUGUACUAUAAUUCAAAGGUUGAUAUUAUUUUUAAAAAAUUAACUUUACUGAAAAUGAUUUGUUACAGGAAAAAAUCAACCUGAACUCUAUUCCAGCAAUAACAAACUGGUAAGUAAGCUCUUAUAACAAGGGGGCUGGAGGGCGGGGGUGGGGAAAUACAUUGAAUGGGAAAACUAAUGGUGGGGAAACUUCAUCAGAUAUGCUGCUAUCAUAAUUGGAUGCUUUCAACCAUAAGAGUUUAUCAAUUUUGUAGUUCUUGCAAUAGAUGUAAUUAGCAGUGUAAGUCACUGAAUUUUCUCACCUCAUAAAGGGGGAAAGGGAUAUGAUAACGCAUAGUUUCUGAUAUCUGAUUCUGUUUCUUCCUAGUUUCCUUAGCUGUGGGAUUAUCCUCGUCUGCAUAUUAUACGGAUGGAGUCUACACACAAAAGUCUCAUUGCUCUGCUGCCCCUUGGAAGGUCUUGAUUUGGUGAGACAGUUUUCCUGUUCAUAGGGAUGUUCAAAACCAGUACUGAACCACUUCUUGAGCAAGCGAAGAUAGAGCUGAAGCUUGAAAAAUGACGUCUUGCUAUUUUGGUUGCAUUUAUAAGUAGCAGAAUUUGCUCUAAGGCCUGGUGUAUUUGAAUGGCUUGUGAGCUGAGGAGUUCUUGCAUUUGUUGCAAGUUCACUAGUGGCUUUAGCCAAGCUGAUUUUUAUUUAUUUAAAGCAUUUUUAUCCCACUCUUCUGCCAAAAGGGCUCCUGGAGUGGCUUAGAACUAGAAAACAAUCUUACCCAAGGACCUACAAUCCAAAACAGGGAUGGGGAGCUUUUCAGCCCAAGAGCCACAUUCUCCUCCAUGUGAACCUCAUGCCAGUGGUGGGCAGGGCCAGAGACAAAAAUGAGCAGGGCAAUGAAUGUGAAUUUUACCUUUGUACCAGUAGGUUAGUUUCUACACACUUGCACACCCCUCCCUUUCUUAUCUAGGACCAGGUAGAGAGGCCUGAGGUUCCCUGUCCUUGAUCUAAAAAUGCAUGGCACAGAAGGCAAAGAGAUUGAGAGGGAGGAGGAAUAAAAUAAAAAAAGGAAAAUUCUACUAAUUCUUAAGUUCCUGAAUCCCUUUGGGGUGGAGCUGCGUUGAAUGAUUAGUACCCACCUUGGAUUAUCUGAAAUAGGCUUUUUAAAAGUUAAGCUGAAUUUUGUGCAUACAUUGUCACAAUUUUCAUCUUUGGGCCUGAAUAUUUUUAAGUAUUGAUGAAAAGAAAGCAGUUACCUUAUAUGGCUCUCUUCUUCGUGUGUGGUGUCUGCACGGUUUUGGAGUAAGACCAAGUGUGAUUCUUUACUGCAUCUGUUAAUUUCAUCCUUGAAUGACACAUGAGUAAAGCAAGAGACUAGAAUACUGUUAAUGCCAUAUAGGACUCCUCAAUGACGCCCUCUUUCUUUGGUAUGAUGGUAUUGUCAAAGUGAUGGAUGUCAACCUUUUUCUAUUUCAGGGACUCUCCAAAUCUUAG